UUCUUCUAUUAAAAUGUUCUUGUCGCUCUAUGUUGAUCACACACAUGUCAUUAAUUUUUCAAACUUUGGUCCACGCAUGCAAAUAAAUAAAUUGUUCGUUCAUUGUAGUCGAAGUGAAGAACAAUUAUGUGUUGAUAUGUAAUGAAAACAUUGAUACCGAUAUACACCCAUAUCGUUGUUGAUAUUUAAGGUAGUUUUAUUGAUAAGUGUCACUGAAAGUGUAUAAAUACUUAAUAUCCAUUUUUUAAAUGUAGAUAGUCAUUGUUGUUUUAGUCUUAGAGCGUGAAGGUUAUAUAUAUAUUGGAAGAAUGACUAGUAUACAUGCUGCAAAUAUUCAUGAAAUUCACGAUAUGCCAAUAUCAGCUAUUCUUAGACCAUUUAUACCAGAGUUAGAUGAAAGUAAAGUACAAUCCUUGAUGAUGACUCUAUUAGAUCCAGUGAAAAAGCACACAGUUCCCCCAAUAGAUGUUCUUUGGAUAACUGGCAGAAAAGGAGGUAAUUAUUAUUACAGUUUUGGAGGGUGUCAUAGAUUUGCUGCACACAAGAGGCUUAAGUUAGAUACAAUAAAAGUGAAGUUAAUCAAAUCUAAUAUUAACGAUUUGAAAUGCUAUUUAGGUGCCAGUACACCAGAUUUAAAAUAAACUAUAAAAUUUUAUAUUUUUCUUUUUAAGUAUAGUUAGUUUUGGACUAAUAAAUUUUUAACUUUUA